CGAGAAACAAACAACACCUUUUUACUCUAUUCUUUUCUGCUUCUCUUUAGAUGACAAUGCAGCGCAUGUCACUGUGAUUUUUACCCCCCAGCCUCUCCGCCAGACGAAGCUCGCGACUUGCCGGUGAAAGUCUCCCGUUUCCGGCAACCUCUCUCUCUCCCUCGUUACUUUUUUUUUCCCCUUCCCGCGGCCGAUACGCGGGCCGGCCAAUCAUCGCAAGACUUUUUCAGCUUUCAGCUUUCAGCAGACAGCCGGAGAGAACGCUGGCGACAACAGCUGCCAACAUGUCAGGCUCGGCGUCUAGUGUCGAGGGCUCCAACAAUUUGCCAAUGCAGUCGCGGACCGGGCGGAGCAAACAACGGUACAACUCGCAAGGAGAACGACUUGUCGCCGGCGUCGUACCACUCAGCGCAGACCGCAACUACGUCAUCCUCAUUCAGUCUACCCGGCGCAAGGGCUGGGUCCUGCCCAAGGGAGGGUGGGAGUCGGAUGAGUCGUGCCAGGAGUCUGCCAUGCGAGAGGCCUGGGAGGAAGCUGGCAUCACGCUCAACAUUGACUAUGACUUGGGCAACUUUGAGGAGAAGCGACCGCCCAAGACGUCCAAGGACCGCUCCCGCUACUACUUUUACCAGGGCACCGUGGUAGAGCAGCUGGAAGAGUGGCCGGAGAAGGACAAGCGCGAGCGCGAAUGGUUCACCUAUACAAAGGCAAUCGAGGUUCUCCAAAACAGACCGGAGCUCCAAGAAGCCUUGAAUCGAUCUUCGAUGAACAGAACAUGA